AUGGCGGUGGGGCGGACAAAGAAGCGGGGCCCCCACGGCUGGGGCGGACCGGGGACCCUGACUCGGCUGCUCCUACCACUCCACGAUGUGAGCGCCAGACCCAAUCACAGCCCUGCCCUGCGAACUGGUGUUUGGGAGGAGAGCGGCAGUGUGAGGCUACCCUGGGUAGGACGGAGCCCCUCGGCGACGUCACCUGUGAACCGAGACCUGAAACCCAAAGGGCGGGCACGGGAAGUAACCGGCAGUGAGCACAAGGGCUGGGGCGAGCCGGGCACCCUCGAUCGGGACGGGAGAAGGCCGGCGGCGGAUGCGGAGCCGCGGCCCGAGCCGCUCGCCCCGCACUCUCCCCCGGGGUCCCUACCGCGAGCAAGCCCCCCGGACCGCCGGGCGGACGGCCUGCCCGCUCCCGGGCCCCCGGCGCUCAGGGAAGAGGGCGGCGGGCCGAGGGGCGACGGCCGGAGGACCCGGCUCGUCAGUGACCCCGCGCCAGACGGGAGCGCCGUCGCGCGCCGGACGUCUUCGGGCAGCCGAGCCGGCGGCGGCGGGGAGGCGGGGCGGGGCGCGCGCGCGGGUGGAGGGCAGGGCAGGCGCAGCCGGGGCGGGGAGGGGGGCGGGCGGGCCGACCACCUGUUCCUCCGCCGAGGGCGGCGCGCGCCGAUUGGCCGAGCACGCCGGAAGUGGAGGCGGCCGCCGCGGUCGCCCGUGAGACCGACCGAGAUCGCGGCGGCGGGGAGCUCGGAGCCCGGCGAGAGCGGGGCGAGCGGAGCGCGGCGGGGCGGGAGCGGCCGCGAUCGUGACAUGGGGACUGAGCACACGGAGGUCAUUCCCAAGGAGGAAGUUUGCGAAGAGCCCGAGCCCCCCGGGGCGGCCGACGAGGGCCGGCAGUUCGGAGCGGACGCGCGGGCGCGGCCCCUGGGAGAGUCCGUGGACGCGAGCGUGGCGCCCGGGUCUUCCCGGGGCGGUGGCGUCGCGUCGGGGCUGAUGACCGUCAAGAGGUCCCCGUCCAGCGAGAGGCUGCAGGAGGACCCGGCGAGCGAGGGCGGCCGCGGCCCCGGCCCGGGGGCCCCCGCGCCGCAGAGGAGCCCCGUGCGGGAGAAGCCCCACACGUGCCGGGAGUGCGGGAAGGCCUUCAACCAGAACUCGCACCUGACGCAGCACCUGCGCGUGCACAGCGGCGAGAAGCCCUUCCAGUGCGGCGAGUGCGGGAAGCCGUUCGGGACCAACUCCAGCCUCCGGCGGCACCUGCGCAUCCACGCGGGCGAGAAGCCGUUCGCGUGCACCGAGUGCGGCAAGGCGUUCAUCCAGAGCUCGCACCUGGUGCACCAUCACCGCAUCCACACCGGGGAGCGGCCCUACCGCUGCGGCGAGUGCGGCAAGGCGUUCAGCCAGAACUCGGCCCUGCUGCUGCACCAGCGCAUCCACACCGGCGAGAAGCCGUACGCGUGCAACGAGUGCGGCAAGGCGUUCCGCGUGAGCUCGCAGCUCAUCCAGCACCAGCGCAUCCACACGGAGGAGCGCUACCACGAGUGCGGCGAGUGCGGCAAGGCCUUCAAGCACAGCUCGGGCCUCAUCCGCCACCAGAAGAUCCACACCGGCGAGAAGCCCUACCUGUGCGGCGAGUGCGGCAAGGGCUUCGGCCAGAGCUCCGAGCUCAUCCGGCACCAGCGCAUCCACACGGGCGACAAGCCGUACGAGUGCAGCGAGUGCGGGAAGACCUUCGGCCAGAACUCGGAGAUCAUCCGGCACGUGAGGAUCCACACGGGCGAGAAGCCGUACGUGUGCGGCGAGUGCGGGAAGGCCUUCCGCGGCAACUCGGAGCUGCUGCGCCACGAGCGCAUCCACACGGGCGAGAAGCCGUUCGAGUGCCCCGAGUGCGGGAAGGCCUUCCGGCGGACCUCGCACCUCACGGUGCACCGGCGCAUCCACCGCGGCGACAAGCCGCACCAGUGCGCCGAGUGCGCGCGCACCUUCUGGGACGGCUCGGAGCUGCUGCUCCACCGGAAGGUGCACACCGGCGAGAAGCCGUACGAGUGCGACCGCUGCGGGAAGCCGUUCGGCCAGCUGUCGCAGCUGGCGCUCCACCAGCGGACGCACACGGGCGAGAGGCCGUACGAGUGCCAGCAGUGCUCCCGGACCUUCAGCAGGAGCUCGCACCUGCUGCGGCACCAGAGCGUGCACUGCGCGCAGUGAGCCCGCGCCGGCCGGCGCGCCCCCGCGGCCCCUGCUGCGGAGCCGGCUGGAGAGGAGGGCGCGCUUCUGCGGGCUGUUCGCGGGGGAGCUGCGGAGCGCCGGCCGGGACCGCCGGAGCCGGUUCAGCCCUUCCGUGUCCUCUGGCCCUCCCCGCCGCGCCCCCCAGCAGAUCCCACGACGUUCAGGUGCGGACUGGCCAUCGAGUCCAGAGUGUUACCUGCCAGGGAAGACGGAGGCCCGCGGUGCCGCCACCGCCCCCACGCGGCCCAGCGGCCGUACGGAAGGUUCCCCCGGCAGCGUCAGAAAGACGCCGCGGGCACCCGUUCUGGCACCCGCUGCUUAGCGCUGCCAUAAUGCAGCCAGCGUCUCUUAGCUUCAGACCCUUCCGCGUGUGCCAUGAAGUUUCCCGGGAAGAUGGCAGCGUUGCUGGAGAGCGGGAACCCGUCGUUGGUCUGCGGAGGAGUCGGCCCGGCCCAGCCGGUUACAGGACUGUGAGGGAAGGCCCUCGGAGUCCGGAGGAGCUGCGUGGAAGGCCAGGGGCCAGCCGAACCGCGAGGCCAGGCUGCUCCGCAGCUGUACACCCCCCGCCGGGGCUUCUCGGACAGACUGCUCCCGGGAGCCCUGCCGUGUUCCCUGUGGGCCCAGCUCCUGCCACCGGGCCGUCCCAGAUCAGGCGGCAGUAGACGGGACUGUGCACUUGGGCCCCGGCCUCGGUGAUGUGCCGCCGGGCCUGACUGACCGGGAACUCGCCUUGCCCGGUGCCUAGGCCCUCACGGCCUGGAUCCCUGUGCGGGGGGCCUCGCGGGGUGGGGGUGGGGGUGGGGGUGGGGGGGAGCCUCCCCACAGUUUGCCCCCAGCCCUGGAGCUCCUUGGUAGUCUCCCCAUGACUUUUCUAUGCUCUCCUGCCUAUCGUUUCUUCCCUGAGAGAUGCACGCCGUCCAUUUUCCACACGUCCCAGUGUGCCAGGCGCUGGCUGGGUGGCGAUGGGAAGCCCGCCCGUGGGCGUCCAGCAGGCCCCAGGGCUGGUCUCGAGAGGCAGACCUUGAAUGAGCCACUCGGCCCGCCGGCCCCUAACUUGCCUUAUCUGUGACAGGAGGGGACAUGAGCCAAGUGACGCCGAGGGUUCACCCAGCCCCUUAAUUCUUGACUGGUUUAAAAAUCUGACUUUACACGUCUGCAGCGUUCUGUUCUUUAAUCCCUUUAUUACACGAUUACUAAUCA